AUGGCCGCUCCAUCUGUACAGACCAGCAUGGGCGAACAAAACCCCUCGAUCGCAAGAAGCAGGUCCCGAUACCGUCGCAAUCGACCGACGACUGGGAACGGCCCACCUCCCACACCCGCCAUCUCGGAACACGCGCCCACUCCACCGCGGCAACACGCGAGAGAAAGUCCCCGGACUGCCAUUUCUGCAAGGCCCGAAGAGGGAAGCCACGCACGUGAUACCCAUCGGCAAGAUGCGAUGAACCAGUUGACGGGCGGGGACGAAUCGCAAAAGACUCGUACGCACGUCUCUGCGCCCCCGCAAAAAGUGGAAGCGCGACACAGGCAGCCCCGUGCUGACCCGACGCAUCCCCCACGCAGCGCCCAGUCCGGAGAUUCGGGUCGGAAAUCCUUCUUUCAAAAAGUCAACUCCAAAGUCAGAGAGCAUGUCAAAAAGAGCGACUCGGCGCCGAAAUACAUUGGGGUUGGGGGAACUGGGGUGGUUCCGGGCGUGGAUGCCCCUGUCAGCGCGGUGAACGCCGGAGAGCGACAUGCGCUGGUGGUGUACGGGGAUUCCAAGGCCAAGCUCACGGUCACGCCGUCAACGCGAGUGAAGGAUCUGUUAUCAGAUGCGUCGGAGCAUUUGUCUCAGGACAUUGAUGCCGACAAGUUCAUCCUAAUGGAGUCCUUUUCCCAGGUCGGCCUGGAGCGUCCUCUGCGCCGUUACGAGCAUGUGAGGGAAGUGAUGAACUCCUGGUCCCACGAUUCUGAGAACCGAUUCAUCAUCAUUCCGCCUUCAAGCCUGGAAGCGCUGGCUCAACUUGAAGCUGCACAUGCUCCGUCCGAGCAACCGUCUUCAACCAAUGUGCAUAUAUACUAUUCCCAACGCCCGCGCAAAUGGGAUAAGCGCUUUGUCACAUUGCGUACGGAUGGGCAAGUGACGAUCUCGAAAAAGGAAAAUGCGAAAGAGCAGACCAAUAUUUGCCAUAUAUCCGACUUUGAUAUCUACUUUCCAAGUGCUCGGGCUUUGAAUAAAGACAUCAAGCCUCCAAAGAAGCUCUGCUUUGCCAUCAAAAGUCAGCAGAAGUCGUCCAUGUUCCUCACCACGGAGAAUUUCCUGCACUUCUUCUCCACCAGUGACAGGUCCGUCGCAGACCAAUGGUAUCGUGCGGUGCAAAAGUGGAGAAGCUGGUACCUUGUCAACAAGCUAGGAACAAGUCAGAGAUCCGACGGUGAGACACUACUCCAGCGUUCUGGCACCAGGAGAUCCACUCGGCAGAGAAAUGUGCAAAAUGACGUCCCACUUUUGGAUCGACAAAGCUCAACCGAAUCCCCAAUGCGAAGGAGCUCCGAUCUACAGCGACCAUCAAGUUCGAAGGAUAUAUUUGCCAAGAAAAGGGCUCAACGUGGACACGUACCUCCGCCAUCUUCGUAUCCUCACACCCCAACACUUGACACAGACGUGAGUGGGUCUUUCAGCGACAAUGAGGCAUUGAUCUCUGGUGUCUCGCCUGGAGAAGUUGAAGCAUCCACCUUUUCCCCAACCAGCCUCCUGGGUCGCACUUACACCCAACGACAAAACGCCAUGCGUGAGCGAGAUGACCAAGAAAAGCGAAACAAGCAGGACCCGUUCACAACCGGCCUCAUGGCUGGAACUCCGUUCGACUCGACCCCAAACAGUCGAAACAACACCAUGACCCGAGCUCCAGACCUUUCAUCUUUCCAUAAGCCUCUUGUCGAUCUAACACCCGUCUACGCCGAGCCACCUCAACACAGUCGCAAAGGCAAAGGCCACGGCGUGAAAGUCCAGCCCGGGAUGCAACUAAUCGAUGGCGCCACCGGCCCUGAAUUAACUCAAGGUGCCAUCUCCAUCCCUCCAUCGACAUCCUGGCGACGCGCAGAGGUUCCUCAACGCCGUAACACCACCCGCAGUGUGCGCGAGCAAGCCCCCUACCCCGUCCCGGAUGCACCGUCACCGAAAGAUUUUACCCCAAACAGUCUGCUCGCGCAUUCGGCUAGCACAGCCACACCGAGGAAACAGAGAACAGGCCAUGGCGUUGCUACGGGUGAUCGCAAUGCCACAAAGCCGCUACUGGACAUGUCGCCGGAAAAUCCUUUCGCGGAUGGCAGUCUGCUGCGGCAGCUAUGA